AUGGAGACUACAUCGCUGCUCGAGCCAGAACGAGCUCUAUCAGGAUGCUGCGAGGACGACCGAAAUGGCGACGACAUUCUCACGGAACCAGUCACGACAUGGAAAGCCGAGACACGAAUAAUGGUGUCCCACUCCGUGCCCUUGAUUUUGACGUACAUGCUACAAUAUUUCUACAGCCUGAUUACCGUGCUGGUCGUCAGCCACAUCGGGAAGGAUGAGCUCGCCGCCGUAUCACUGGGCGUGACGACCAUGAACAUUGUCGGCUUCGCGAUUUUCGAGGGCAUUGCCACGAGUCUGGACACGUUAUGCGCGCAGGCUUAUGGGUCCGGCAAUCUGAAACUGGUUGGAUUACAUGUUCAACGAACGGUACUGUUGCUUCUACUCGUGGCUGGUGCCAUUGGCACGUUGUGGGUCUGUUCACCGUGGAUUCUUGCCAGAUUGAUUCCACAGCCGCAACUAGCAGUUGUGACGGGGACGUUCCUGAGGGCCUCGCUCGUCGGUGUACCCGGGUACGCCGUAUUUGAAGCUGGCAAGCGGUUCCUGCAAUCUCAAGGGAACUUCACCGCUUCGUUGGUCGUGCUUUUGAUUUGUACGCCAAUGAACCUCCUUCUCAAUUGGGUGCUGGUGUUCACGCUUAAUUUGGGAGUGAUGGGGUCGGCGUUUGCAGCCGCCCUGACCAACGACUUCCGGGCCAUUCUGCUAAUCCUAUAUGUUGCUCUUUAUCUCCCGGAAACGCUUCAAUGCUGGCCAGGAUUGCUCCCCAGAACCACAUUUCAAAACUGGAUGCCUAUGAUCAAGCUCUCUGUGCCGGGCGCAGUCAUGACGCUGGGCGAAUGGUUUGCCUUUGAGCUGCUCAACUUCAGUGCUGCAUACAUCAUGACUCGUGGCAGCGACCACGCAAACUCGGGCCCUUUGGCAGCCCAGGCGAUCCUUUCGACAACGUCAGUGCUGGUAUGGCACAUCCCCUUUUCCGGCAGCGUGGUGGCAAGCACCAGAGUCGGACAUCUAAUAGGGAGAGGCUCAGUCAACGCGGCCAAGAGAUUGUCCGAAUUCUACGCUGUAUUCUUUACAGGGAUAGCUACGUUGGACUUUGCAUUGGUCAUCGCCAUUGGCGAUAUUAUCGGUCGUUUCGCCACCCAGCAGUCGUCCAGCGAUGUGCGAGAUCUGGUCAUGACGACUCUUCCUUUCGUUGCGAUUUUUCAAAUCUUCGAUGCCGCGGUCUGCUGCAUCCAUGGAAUACUGCGUGGACUGGGCCGACAAGCUAUCGGCGGCUGGGCUACCUUCGCAGUCAACUACGGGUUGGGAGUUCCUCUGGCUUUGGUGCUCUCUCUUGGUCCCCCUAAACUCGGGUUGGUAGGUCUCUGGUCUGGGUUGGCCAUUGGGCAGACUGUCCUGGCGUCAGUGCAAGCAAUAGUCCUACGGAUCAUGAAAUGGGAAAAGUGUGUAGAGGAUGCGAGAAAGAGGGAAGAAUUUUGUGAUUAG